UAAAAUUUUGGAGGAUGAAAUUGAACCAAGUCUCGGCUAUCUGUCUGCUCCGGUACCCUGAUUCCCUUUCUCCUGUCUUUUUCUCCCAUUCAAGACACCGUCGGCGACCUGAAAGCUGAAACUCUUGCAACUCUGUAAGCUCCCGCAAGCUUCCUUGCACCAUCAUUAUGCUUUGUUGCACAAUUCAUCUCUGAUGAUCCCAGCUUUGUUACACAGUUCGCAGAGAAACUGGCAACUAUUGUCUUACUUCCUAGAAUCAAGCAAUGGAGGUAGAGGAUUGGGAAACUUCUUCAGCUGAGUUGAGCGAUACGGAGGCCAAUUUGAAAGAUACAAAUGAUGAAGACUUGUACUAUACUCCUGGUUCUUUACCCAAGUUGCAAUUUAGGAGCGAUAUUUCAAAGGCUCGAUGGGAUGAUGAGAUGGGUAUGGCUGAGGUGGUGGAAAAGAAGGGCAAAUUGUGGACAACAACAGGAAUUGUUCGCAAUGGCAAGAUCUACUGCUCAAUUGAGGAGAUUUUGUUUUUGGCUGAAUUGGGGGCAUUGCUUCUCUUGGAUGAUAAAGAUAUACAUUUUUCUCUAAAAGAUAUAUAUGGGAAAACUGUAGAUGAAAAGAAUGGGUGCUGCUGGGAGCUUUUUGAGGUCUAUAGGCACCUCAAGUCUCUUGGUUACAUUAUUCAGCGUCACGGUGUUCCUUGGUCUAUGAAGGGUAUUAAGAGCAACUGUAACUUUGAUUCUUUUCAAGGCACCUCAGAAAAUAAUGGGGUGAUAAUAGACACUGAGUUGAAAGACUCAGCUGUAGUUGUAGAAAGUCUAAGUAAUUUGCAGGUUGAUGAACUGAGACCUAAUUUUGACAUUUAUCUUCCCAACAGCAAGUUUAGAAAGACUUCACCUGGUGAUCCAGCUUUUCUGCUCUGCUUGAUUAGGGGGAGUCCACCAUCCAAGGCAAAAUUUGAAGCCCUUGAGAGACAAUGUGGCCAGGCACCAUUGAAAUUUUGUCAUGUAGAUCAAGGACGUGUCAGCUUUUUUUCCUUUAAGAGGGUAGAUCUCCCUGUGCUUCCCUGACUUCUGUAGUGGAUGCAGGAACAGAGCUUCAGCUGCAGAGGACUGAUUUGUUGAUAAUCACCUUCUGAAGCUCCUUGCUUCUGAAGGCUUUUCACGGGUGUCAGCAUCUUCCUCCGGCAAUUUGACAGCAGAGUAGGUUCCUGCUCCACACAGUGCCCCAAGAAUGGGUGCAGUGAGGUAGAUCCAUAUGCCCUUGUAGUUGUUUGCAGCUAUAGCAGGCCCUAAAGUUCUCACUGGAUUCAUGGAUGCACCUGUAGAUUGGCUGCACCAGAGGGUGUCACAUCCUCAAGUUCAAGAGGCAUGUAUAAGCAUUAAUCAUUAAUCUCCAGAAAAAUUAUACCAUGAAAUUGAUGUACGAAUAACAGUUUCACAAUAACUAUCGUUUGCAAAAUUUUAUUUCAUUAAUGAGAAACCAUUGCUUAGAUUCAAUAUAAAAUAGAUGAAA